AUGGAGCCCUCGACGCAUGCCGAUUGCGCGCCUCUGUCGGGCGAACGAGCGCCCUCUGCCUUCUGGCCGUCUCUCGCGGGAUGUCCCGGAGAUGUCUUCUCCCUCGCAGCGUCGGCUUUUCCGCGCGACGACGCGCGGAGACGUGCCCUGGAAGGCGAAAAAGACGCCGACAGUCGCGCGCAAACACACGGCAAGGCGCGAGCCGGAGGAGACAGACACGAAGCGCCGGGAGCCGAACUGCAGGCAGAAGAGCAAGGAGAAGGGCUCUCAGCUCGCGACACCUCUGGAGAAAAAGAAGAAAGACGGUCAACCGGAGGCACAGGCCCGCCUCGCAUGACGACGGCAGCCAAGCGCCUGCUGGUUGACGACGAAACCCUGGACAGCAUUCUGAACGACACAGAGAAACUUGAAAACCUGAAAAAACGAGGUGAGGAACUGCAAAAUGAGCACUGGGCCUACGUGACGGCGCAUGAAGAGCUGCGCGCGGUGAUGAACGACUUCGCAGCUGCCGUGUUGAUCAGCAUGCCGGACGACAUCUACGCCUUCGCGAGAGACUACUUCUCGGCGUUCGCGUAG